CAGCAGUUCCAGCCGUCCUGAAUCCUCCACUUCAUCAUGUCUUAUUCUUUUCCAGUUCCCAGCACCCUGGUCGCUCCAAUCAGGAAGUUCAAGGACAAGGAUGGAAAGGAGCCCAAACGUGGAGACCUGAUCCAGAUCUUCCGUCGUUUGUAUCAGCACUGGGCUGUUUAUGUUGGUGGUGGAGACGUCGUUCACUUCAAACCAGCUGGGCGAGAUGGUGGUGAUAUUGCUUGUCAUGGUAAAGGCCAAGUGUUGAAGGAGAACUGGGAGGACGUGGUGGAGAACGACAAGUGGAGAGUUAAGAAUCGCCUGGAUAAGAAAUACAGACCUCGUCCAGCUAAUGAAAUCGUGGAGGACGCCUGUUCUAUGUUGGAUGAAGAACCGGAGUACAACCUGGUGAAGUACAACUGUGAACACUUCGCCAAUGAGAUGCGCUACGGCAAGCCUAAAAGUCGGCAGGUGAAGGCUGCAACGGCAGGAAUAACAGCAGCAUUACUAGCAAUAGUACAAAUAACAUUAACAAUCUUGGGAUACUUUAAGCAAGGUAAAGGCAGAAGGAGCAGGGCCCUUGUGGACAGCAUCGUGCAUGAUCAGUCAUUGGCCGGGUUUCCCUGAUCCAACCUCUCUUAAGGAUUUAAGAGAGGUUCAAAAAAGGUUUCUACUAAGAAGGGACCCUAAGAUACGAGUGUUUCCCAGAUGACUUCUUAACACCGUCCUUUAGUUUCGCUCUUUUAGAAGCUCUUUGGAGCAGCUGUCCACCACCACGGUUCUCAAACCAAAUCAAUCGAUGCCAGGCAAAUCGAUCACCGAUCACUAUCAGCGCAUUUUCAGACGUAGCACUGCUACCUAACGCACUAAUUCCCUGCUGCCUGUGCGUUAUGUGAAUUAUGGUUCCGCGUUAAAUCGACGCCGUAGCCUACGCCGUAGGGUCUGCGUUGGUGUAACGCAGAAACAUAAAUCAGCCUUGACUGGUGAAGAGAGACGUUGCAGUCGCAGCGUCGGCGAGCCGUCAGAUGAUGAUCCGUUUAUCACUAUCUGCGGGAAUUUUACACAUCGUCUCUCAAAGAGUCCGAUGGUAGAAAUCUAACUUUUCUGUGCAUAUUAUGUCCACCUGCGCUGAGAAAACAAGUCAGAGCGUCUGCCUCGUCAACUUCACAUUGGAAAUGUCAUGUGGAGUUAAAGCAUCCGUCCAGUGUGAGGAAAUAUCUGCGAGUCCUUGACAAUUAAAAAAGUUCCCAGAAAGAGCAAGAAGACCCAACAGCCCCAAACGACCCCAGUCCCACUGCUGAUAGUUAUGAUGAUCGUUUUAUUUGUGCGUAAUGCAUAAAACAUAUACAGGAACACACUUGUUAUUCCUUAUUUUUCUUUUUUUUCCCCCCUUUGCUGUCACCAAUGAAUGCUAAACAAUAUAAAUCUAAAGUAUAAAAUAGAUCAAAAUGAGUGCGUGUGUAUUGUUUUAAUAUCUCAUUGCUUGGUGUGAUAUUGAUUUGCCUGACGGGGCUGGAUCUGUGAGUCUUUGUUCACUAAGAUGGUUGUAAAGACUGGGUCAGCAGCAUCUUUCAUUUCCUUCUAAAUGAAAGAGAUUCUUAAGCUAAGAGCAACUCUGGGAAACAGGUUUUUCUUUCACAGACUCCUUAAGAAGGUUUGAAAGAAGUCUUUUGUUGUUAAGAGCUUCUUAACUGAUCUGGGAAACCGGGCCAUUAACAACUAAGAAAAUGUAACUUGCAUAUCAAUCCAUGAUUCUUAUUUUAUAAAGUUUGGUCAAAUCCACAUGAUCUAACUUCAGAAGUGAAGGUUCCAGUUCAGACUUAUUGGAAACAACUUAAUCAAUAAUGUUUUCUUCUUCAACUGAGGAGGAGCAUGAUUCUUAUGUCAAAGAAAUCCAAUAUUUCAUAUGAUAUAAACACUAAUAUUAUUGAGGCUGAUCAGAUGAAUCAAUAAUAAAAUUCAUACAUUUAAAAUGAAUCCUUUCUUUGUUUUGUUUCAUGAAAGUACUUCAACGUAUUAUUUACACGGAUCUUUAGAUGUUCAUUGAUGCUGGAUUUCUUUAUCAUGUUAUUGAAUAUGUUUCCAUGUAUUUCAGUCCUGAUUAUAUCUGAUUCCUGAAUCUGAAUAUUCAAGAUUAAAGAUCAUUUCUGAUCACAUACAUAGACAGACACUAAACCAAUGUUUUAAUCUGCUCCAAAUAUUGUUCUAUUAAGUAUGAACCAGGUGUUAGAUAACAAGCAGGAAUGAAGCCCAUUCCCAGCCAUCCUCCCCAUCUCUCUGCUGGACUAAAUUAGGAGUAUUAUUGAUGGCAUUGCGCACUGUACGGUGCGUGUCGCCGCUUACCCUACGCCGUAGGCUCUGCGUUGGUGUAACGCAGAACCAUAAAUCAGCCUUGAGCAGCUCUGAGGGGAGACGGGAGGGGAGGAGGGGGAGCGGGGCUGCCGGGCCGUGCUGGGAGUGUCUUGAUGAUUUGCAAUUACAGGCUGAGCCUACCAUUCGUUUUUGAACUGUAAAAAGUGGGGGGGACAAAAACAUGAUUUUGAAAAGUGGGGGGGCAUGUCCCCCCUGUCCCCAGUGGAAAUUGCGCCCUUGCCGCAAGUAAUAAUCUAAAAGUGAAGAGUUUGUAUCGCUCACCUGCACAAACUGUUUUCUGUUUUCAAUGUAGCUUUUUAACCAGUUUAGCCCCCACCCCUCUGAUCCCAUAACUUUCCAGUUUUUGUAUUAAAAUAUCAUGAUUUAUUGUGUCGAACGCCUUCUUCAAAUCAAUAAAAACACCCACUGCAUACUU